GUACCGCAACGCAUUAGAUGUUUCCCGUGCUCUUUCUCUUCUCCCAUCUCAAUUCCCAAUUAUAAUUUAUGGGUUCACUCUUCCCACUAUUUUCUCCGACCAUUUUUGAACUCGGAAAGAACGACCUCGCUUCAACUCAGCCAUGGACUCCGAAUCAGUGAUUGAGUUCCUGGGCUGUGUUCCCUUGCUUCAGAGUUUACCUGGAUCCUCGCUCAAGAAAAUUGCUGAAUUGGUCAUCGUCAAAAGCUAUGAUUCUGGAGCGUUUGUUGUUCGUGAGGGUGAAGCCGGAGAUGGAGUUUACUUUGUAUGGGAAGGGGAGGCUGAAGUUACCGGUCCUCUUAAUUCUGGUGCGGAUAAUCGUUUUGAUUUUCAAUUGAAACGUUAUGAUUAUUUUGGUUAUGGUUCAUCGUCAUCUGUUCAUCACACUGAUAUAAUCGCUUUGUCUAAGUUGACAUGCCUUGUGCUUCCUCAUGAGCAUUGCAAUCUGCUGCAAUCAAAAUCAAUCUGGAGUGCUGAUGCAACUCCUGGGUCAUGCUCACUUGUAGAAAGUAUAUUGCAUUUGGAUCCGGUAGAAGUAAAUAUAUUCAAGGGAAUCACUUUGCCUGAUGCACCAAAAUUUGGGAAGGUUUUUGGAGGACAGCUAGUUGGACAGGCUUUGGCAGCAGCAUCAAAGACUGUUGAUUGUCGAAAGGUUGUCCAUAGUUUGCAUGUAUAUUUUCUUCUAGUUGGGGAUUUUGAUAUACCAAUUAUAUAUCAAGUACACCGAAUGCGUGAUGGGAGAAGCUUUGCUACCCGAAGAGUAGAUGCAAUACAGAAAGGAAUCAUCAUUUUCACAUUGCUUGCGUCAUUUCAAAAAGAAGAGGAAGGUUUUGAUCACCAGGAAUCAUUAAUGCCAUCUGCACCUGAUCCAGAGAUGCUCCUCAAUAUGGAAGAGCUACGAAAGGAACGAAUUAUGGAUCCUCGUCUUCCUAGGGCAUAUCGAAACAAGGUGGCUACUAAAAACCUUGUCCCUUGGCCUAUAGAGAUACGUUUUUGUGAACCAAACAAUUCAACCAAUCAGACAAAAUCUCCUCCAAGUUUGAAGUACUGGCUUAGAGCAAGAGGAAAUCUUUCAGAUGACCAAGCCUUGCAUCGAUGUGUUGUUGCCUACGCAUCAGAUUUAUUAUUUCUUUCAAUAAGUGUAAAUCCUCACCGCAAAAGGGGCCUGAAGACAAGUUCAGUCAGUUUGGACCACUCGAUGUGGUUUCAUCGCACCCUUAGAGCUGAUGACUGGAUAUUAUUUGUGAUUAACAGCCCCAAUGCCUACAACGCCCGCGGCUUUGUUACAGGCCAAAUGUUUAACAGAAAAGGAGAGCUGGUUGUGUCACUGACUCAAGAAGGGCUACUAAGGGAGAGUAGGAGGCCAGAGUUGACCAUGGGAUCAAAGUUAUGAAGUAAGUCCAAACAAAAACAAUCCAAGCCAGGGCAUAUAAGGAAACUGCUUUAAGAAUUUAUUAAGAGUAUUCAAGAAUUGGAGGAGUAUCCUCAGUACUCUUACCAAUAUGCUGAUUGUUAAGGUGGGCCAUAGUUUUGCAUAAUAAUCCUCUGCAGCCGUCUGGAGAUUUUCACAUCAGUAUUCAAAUACAUACUAAUGAAAACUAGAGCAAAAUAAUGAGAAGCCUGUCACAUUGACUAAUAUAUAGUUAUAUAAUAUAGCAGGGAAUAUCUUUUGUUAUUCUUGUUUUAUAAAUCUUUCUGUGGUAUAUGCGAGGAACUUUUGGUAG